ACUCCUGGUCACUCAGCCAGCAGCCCCUCCUUUCUUGCCCUAGUCUCUAGUUUUUCAGUGUUCAUAGGUGAGCUUACCAGCAACCACUGCUAAAGAUGGAGGCCAUCAAGAAAAAGAUGCAGAUGCUGAAGUUGGACAAGGAGAAUGCUCUGGAUCGUGCAGAGCAAGCUGAAGCUGAGCAAAAGCAGGCAGAAGAAAGAAGUAAGCAGCUGGAAGAUGAGCUGGCAGCCAUGCAGAAGAAGCUGAAAGGGACAGAAGAUGAGCUGGACAAGUAUUCUGAAGCAUUGAAGGAUGCCCAGGAGAAGCUGGAGUUGGCAGAAAAGAAGGCAGCUGAUGCUGAGGCUGAGGUGGCCUCCUUGAACCGUAGGAUCCAGCUGGUUGAAGAGGAGCUGGACCGCGCUCAGGAGCGCCUGGCCACUGCCCUGCAAAAGCUGGAGGAAGCUGAGAAAGCUGCUGAUGAGAGCGAGAGAGGUAUGAAGGUUAUUGAAAACCGAGCCUUAAAAGAUGAAGAAAAGAUGGAACUCCAGGAAAUCCAACUCAAAGAAGCUAAGCACAUUGCAGAAGAGGCAGAUAGAAAGUAUGAAGAGGUGGCUCGGAAGUUGGUGAUCAUUGAAGGGGACUUGGAACGCACAGAGGAACGAGCUGAGCUGGCAGAGUCCCGUUGCCGAGAGAUGGAUGAGCAAAUCAGACUGAUGGACCAGAACCUGAAGUGUCUGAGUGCUGCUGAAGAAAAGUACUCUCAAAAAGAAGACAAAUAUGAGGAAGAGAUAAAGAUUCUUACUGAUAAACUCAAGGAGGCAGAGACCCGUGCUGAGUUUGCUGAGAGAUCGGUAGCCAAGCUGGAAAAGACAAUUGAUGAUUUGGAAGAUGAGCUCUAUGCCCAGAAACUGAAGUACAAGGCCAUUAGCGAGGAGCUGGACCACGCCCUCAAUGACAUGACCUCUAUAUAAACUGAAAUGCACCAAAGAGGAGCACCUCUGUACACAAAGGAUGCUGGACCAGACUCUGCUUGACCUGAAUGAGAUGUAGAACACCCCAGUCCUGCCCUGCCCUGCCCUGCCGUUGCUCCUCCCUCUGACCCCGACUCCGCCUUGAGGCCAGCCCGCCCGAAGCUGACCUUUAAACUGAGGGCUGAUCUUUAACUGGAAGGCUGCUUUCUCCCUUUGCCACCUCUCCUACUCUGACCUGUGUCUUUUUCGCCAAACCGUCUCUGCCUCUCCCCGGAGAGUCCAGUUGGGCUAGAGGCAGAGCACCUUUGGGAACAACAUUGAAGGGAAUGUGAGCACAAUGCAAAAUGUCUUUAAAAGCAUGUCAUGAUGUACACGUUUUAUAAUUACCUUUGUUUUUGUUGAUACAGUGACCAUUUGUAAAACAUUCCAAAUAAUUUCACAGUUCUGAAACAGCAGUCUCAUCCUUUCUUAUCUUUGGAAGGUAACUUUUCAUUUCAAUACAUACUGUCCUCUCCAUAGAAGAGGGAAAGGGGUAUGGGCCUGCCUUGCUGAGAGCCAAACAGAGCCCAGAGGAAGACUCCAUUUGAGGGAAUCUCAUUGCUCUCUAUAAAGUAUCAGCCAAAUGAGAAAGGUGAUUCUAGGGAGAAUUAGCCAAAAAAAAAAAAAUAAGUGCUGUUCAAGUUUUUAGCUUUAAGUUAUCUCAAGGCAACUUUUUUUUUCCCUAAAAAUGUGACCAAAUAAAUUAAGACAGUGAAACCUCUGAGACCAAAUCCUUGUCCUGUUUCUCUACUUGCUUUCCAACUACUCACAGAAUGGAUCACAUACCCCUUACGUUGAGGUGACCACCUUUUUGCCCUCUUGCCUCUUUGAAAAGAAAAUUAUGUUUUUGCCACUGAUUUAGCCAUAUGAAACUCAUCUCAUCUCCCUUUUCUAGGUUUGAAGCUGCUGUCUCUAAAAGUGCCAUCUCGUGCUUCAUAUCAGUGCUGGAAAAAUCUUGAAUAGCUUAUGUACAAAAGUGUUUUUAAAUUUUAUGUUAUUUUGAAACUUUGCAUUUCUUUGGGGUUGGGGCACACUGGCCACCCUACCUGGCAGAGCUCUCUAUAGUCCAUGGGCUGGCAGUGUGCCAAUCUUUUAAAGUUUCUUUCCCUGCCCAAACGCCCCUCGGGUGAGGUUUCUGUGAGGUCUGUUAGUUGUGCAUCCUGCAGCUUAUUGGCUUAAAAUGUACUCUCCUUUGGUGUGGUCUCUUCAGGGGCCGAUUGGGAGAAAGAGAAACCAAUAAAUAUCUCAACUGUUUUGAUACUGAAAAUUGACAAGUGUCUUUUUGAAAUAAAGAACCCAGUCCCUCCAA